AAUACCUUUCUCAUUACAAGGCAGGCACCGGCAAUCCAUCGGUUAUCUCCCGUAAAUUCGAAAUAAUUCGAGAACCAUGGUUUGGGGUUUCUUCCCUACGGACCCUCUCUCAGGUGAAGAUAAAUACUAUAUCUUUGCAAGGGGGACGUACAAAGUGGGUCGGAAAGGUUGUGAUGUAAAUAUCACUAAAGAUAAAGGAGUUUCUCGGGUUCAUGCAGAAAUAGUUGUUGAUGCAAUGAUUGCCCCUCUUCCCCUGCAAACAAAAUCUUCUAUAUUAUCUUCCAAAGUUCGAAUUAGAGAUUGCUCAAAAUAUGGAACAUAUAUUAACAAGAACCUUACAUCAAUGGAAAAGAUUCAUGAGUUACCCGAUAGAGAAACAUUGUUAAGGCAAGGAGACUUGGUUUCAUUUGGAACUGGCAAUGCAAUCUACAGAUUUUCCUUUGUUCCACUCAUUUUCUUUGCGUGCUGCUCGGAACCAACCCAAGUGAAUCACCUCCUUGAAGAUAAACUUUCAUCAAUUGGUGCUCAUGUCACUUAUCAUCUAAAUCAGGAGUGCACACAUGUCCUUGUUGACCAACUCAUGCCAGUGAAAGAAGAUAUAGUGGAUGCUAUUGUGGCAAAGAAACCUAUUGUUCUUGGUAGUUGGGUUGAGUUUCUUGCAGAAAAAAACAUUCGAAAUGAGCUUCCUGGGUGUGAAUCCUUUGCUCCAACACUAACAGUGGAAGGAGUAUCAGUCAAACUUACAGAUCCGAAAACUCGUGAAAACUGUUUAGAAGGAUACACUUUUUUGUUGGACUCCAAACCUGUGUAUAAAUUCAUGGAUCGCUUGUGGUCCUUACUGGAAGUGAGUGGUGCAAAGAUACUUUCCAUUGAUGGGUUUAAUUUGAAGAGCCAAAGCUCAGUUUGUGGAGAAAAUGAUCGUGUUGUAUGUGUUAUCCCAGAACGAUUAUCAGAUGCUGGGUUCAAUAAGCUUGGUUCACUUUUAAGAGUGAAUGAGAUUGGGUUAAUAUGUGCCAUUUUAAAUGGACGGUUGGAUACAUCCAUGUUAAAGUCACCUUGCGUAGUUGUAUCAUCUUCAUGCUCCACAGAUGAAACUGUGGUAGCUGAUUCUGAUGCAGAAGAAAUGGCCACUUCAGUUCUGGCAACUUCAUCUGUUGGGACCAAAGGAGUUAUUGAAUCUGUACCCCAUGAAAUCUGCAUGAGUUAUGCAGCUAUCAAAUCUGAGGAUAACUAUGUCAUGAGCUCUAGACGAAGUAGUGACAUGAGAGGCAAGCUUGACGAGUCUGAAAUUGGAAUUGCAGAUAUUAUUUAUAGCCAAGAUUUGAUUGUGCGAAAUACAAGCCUACCUUGUGCCAUUAUUACUACUGCAAACAGCAGAGUUGUAAAUUUCAAACGCUUCAGAAAGACAAAUACUCAAUCCGGGAAUAGCUUCAGCAGACUUAUUCCAUUCUUGAAGACCCCAUAUAAAGAUUCGGACUAUGGGAGUGAGGAAAUGGUAGAGUCUGUGAAAGAAGAGAAAAGGAGAAAGCAAAUGGAAGCCAUUUCUGAAGAGUUAUUCAGUAAUGAAGUGGGUCGUCAUCGCGGUGUAGCUGGUUCUCUUCGUGGGAUUCUUACUCAUGGUUAACAAUGGCGAACUCCUAGCUCGAAAGAGAGCAGAAAG